CAGUGGCCUGGCGUGAGUCCGCGCGAGCGCGUCGCAUCGGCUCUCUCGCAUCCGUCUGUGAGAAACAACAGCCGAAUCUCGCCUCCGUUUUUUCUCGGCGUGUCUCCGCGGCGUGCCACCCUCGCCCUCUCCCCGGUUUCCCGUGUUUUCCUUUUCCAAUCGUUGCCUUCCGCCCCUCUCGCCCUUUUCGCGCUCACGCACGCGGGAGCAUUAUGCUCGCGGCCGACGUGCGCGUCCGCGUUGUCCACGAUAGAGACGGCGUCCCUAUCGACGGUGAAACUGCGAGCGAGUGCCGAUCAGCUGGCCGCGCGGCGAGCCUUUGACACACUGGCGGUCAGCCCGACGACCACCCUUAGCAGGACCCAAUCGUUCGUAGGAAUCGCCCCGUGUUGUCGGAAGGUGCAACGGGGGAGAGCACUCGUGUCGCCGCCUCUCUCACCUUCCUACUUUCGGAGCCUCACACCUUGCCCCGACCUAAAUCCAUCCCGUAGAUCUUAUCGUCCCCGCAGAUCUCUUGUUUCCCUCUUUUUCUCCCCCCUCCACCCGCGCGAGAACUAUUCUCCGAAUCGUAAGCUCGCGCUCGUAAAAUCGCCGAUCCUGCAAGUGUGACAUUUUCAGCGUAGUAAGAUUUCCUUUUCCUUCCCCCCGCGUCUCCCCGUAUGUCUCCCCGCGUUUCCGGAAACGAAUAAUCCCCCCUUUUCGCGCCACCGGAAGCCUCGAUCGUGCUCAGAGCCGAGAGUAUUCGAGAGUUCUUCGCGGAAGAGAGAUGGAAGCCGCCGUCGGUUUGAAUCUGAGGCGGAAAUCGACGCCGACGGUGAGCGAAACGAUGCGCCGUGGCCGUUAAAAGUGCGAGACGCAGAGAAGCGCGGGCGGCCGAAAGAGCUUCAGAGUAAGAAAAGACACGGAGGAAUUAUGCCGGACAAAAAUCCGGGCCGCCGAGAUGGACAGCGCGAGAACAAAGAUUUCCUCGCCGGCGAGAUAUCAUCCAUCGGCAUGUCGCUGCGGCCCAGCGGGAGCGCAUCCUCCGGCAUCUCGACCCUUGCGAGUUGCGGCGAGGUCGACGCACUACCCGAGCUACCGGCGCAGGAUGAGGAACGUCUGCAGCGCGCUGCGCGUCUGCUGCAGCAGAGGCUGGUGCUACGUCAAUGGUUGAUGGAUCAUGGCCUACACAAUUAUUAUCAAAGGUUGAUGCAAAUGGAGGUAAUGUCCCUGGAGGAUGUGUACUGGGUGGAGGACAAUGCGGCACGGGCGGCCCUUGGCAAGGAUCUACCGCGGUGGAUUCAGGCUAGGCAGACGUUGCCUACUUCAAAGGAAGAUUUAGAAACCCUUAAAGCGGAUCUGUGGAGCGCCGUCGUAAAGAACAGCCAGCACCAGGACGCUUGGACAUGGGGCGGUAUGCUGGUAGUUUCCGUGUCGGUGGCAGGGCUGGUUACUCUGGCAGCUAUGACGCAGCCAGCUCUGGCCCCCGAAGCGAAACACUCUCUUCUGCAGUACGUCACAGGGAAAUAUUUAUUGCCGAGUAACUGCCGCGUUCAUUUCGAGUGGGAAGAGCCUCAGCUGGUCGGCGAAACGAUGACUUUUACGGUGAAAUUUUAUCAGCGCAACGGUCAGCCGUACCCGAUAUGUGACAAGGAUAACUUGAUCGUGGAGGUGACGGAGGACACGCGCAGAGUGGCCACAUUAAUAGAACUGGGAGGCACCGACCCUUUAGCUGCAAAUACUGCAGUAGUAAAGUUUACUGUCCGCCAUGCAGGACAAUAUCGAAUAGCUGUACUUAUCGGAUCGUGUCAUGUUCAUGGCAGCCCGUUCCUUAAGAAUUUCCUUCCUGGUCCUCCAGAUCCAAAUAAAACGGUUUUUGUACGACAAAGUUCUACGGUCGUUUGUACAGCUGGAAUAGCGCAUUUGAUGACAAUAGAACCACGCGACGAAUAUGACAAUCUGUGCAAAUUUGGGCCUGGGGAUCAGCCUACAGAAGGCUAUAAUGUCAAUAUUACACAGAUCGGUAGUUUAGUAGACAAAGGAUCGUUGGUAGACUGUAGUAUCCAGCUCGACUAUGAUACCCCAAAUCAAAGGAUUCGCUUGAAAGUGAGCUUUCCGAAGGGCGGAUGUUACCACGCGACUGUCAGUUUAGCAGGAUUGCAGUUGCACAAUGGGGACUUCGACAUCAUUGUACUGGAAAGUUCCGUCGCAAGAAUGGUGCACAAUAACGUGGCGUCCAAGGAUCCCGAUAUCUGUUACGCCGCCAAGCUGCUGGGCAUGCAAGGAGAGAGAUUUUCCAAACCGAAGAAGGUCUUCUGCUUCAUCUCGCCUAAGCAGCUUACGAUUAAGGAGUAUUUGUUGAAAUUCAUCCCCAAAAGACUCGUAACGUUCAGACUGUGCCCUUCGACUAAGUUUCACUUUGAAAGUUCGACUAAUCAGCACGAAGGCUACUAUCCAUUUUCGAUAGACGACGGCUGCCAGCCUCCCGUUGAAUUAAUAUCGCUAUACCGAGACAUAAUAGCCGCUACGUUCACUCUGUUUCUCCUGAAAAACAUCGGCGGCAGUGAAACGUUCGCCGAUAAACAAGACUUUUUCUACCACGAGGUCCGCAAACACCACCAGAAGCAUUAUCACGAGAAGCUGUCGAUGAAGGUGCAACGUGACAAGCUUCUGGAAUCGUCUAUGAAAGCUACUAAAGGCUUUUCCGUGAGCGAUUGGUGCAGGAAUUUCGAAAUCACUUUCCAAGGCGAACAAGGCGUCGAUUGGGGCGGCGUGCGACGCGAAUGGUUCGAAUUGAUAUGCGCCGCGCUGUUCGACCCGGGAAACGGUUUGUUUGCGUCGUUCGGGGAGUCGCAACAGGCGCUGGUGCAUCCGAAUCCCAAACGGCCGCCGCAUCUUAAAUUAAAGCACUACGAGUUCGCCGGGCGUAUCGUCGGCAAGUGUCUUUACGAGUCGGCACUCGGCGGUUCUUAUCGCCAAUUAGUACGCGCACGAUUUACCAGAUCAUUCCUCGCGCAAAUAAUAGGACUUCGGGUGCAUUACAAGUACUUCGAGCAGGACGACCCUGAUCUGUAUUUAAGUAAAGUGAAGUACAUUCUCGAGAACGACGUUGAGGAAAUGGAACUGUAUUUUGUCGAAGAAGAAUACGACAAGGACGGCCAAUUGUUGAAGCUGGCGGAAUUAAUUCCCGGCGGCAGUAAGAUCCGCGUAACUAACGACACAAAACUUCGUUACUUGGACGCGCUCGCUCAACACCGGCUCGCCAGUUCCAUCCGCAACGAAGUCGAUCAUUUCUUGCGCGGCCUCAACGAAUUAAUUCCCGACAAUCUUUUAGGAAUAUUCGACGAAAACGAAUUGGAGCUGCUGUUAUGCGGAACCGGCGAGUACAGCGUGGCGGAUUUACGCGCGCAUCACAUAGCUAACGGGAGCUCGCCGGAGUUCCUCCGUGUUCUCGACUGGUUCUGGACGGCGGUGAGCAACUUCACGCAGGAAGAAAUGGCGCGAUUGCUCCAGUUCACCACGGGCUGCUCGCAAUUGCCGCCCGGCGGGUUUCAACAGCUCAGCCCGCGUUUCCAGAUUACGGCCGCACCGACGUUCGCUAACUUACCCACAGCACAUACCUGCUUCAACCAACUUUGCUUGCCCGACUACGAGUGCUACGAUCACUUUGAGCGGGCGCUGCUGUUGGCGAUCAGCGAGGGCACCGAAGGCUUCGGCAUGAUCUAAUCGGGGAACCGUAGGAUCCACUAAAUCUCUAGUCGAGCCUAGGUAGAGCGACACCAUUAAUUAUAAUAUCUAUUUUUCCUCUGACAGUAAAAACCACGUUCUCUCGGGAGGUUAGAUCCCACCGCGAGUUCGCCCAUAGCAAUCUCUUUGCGGGAUCGAACGGAGAGGGCAACUUUAUCGCACGUUUUGAUAUGUAGCCGAUUAGAACUUUUGGAAUUAUCUUUUUCCCGUUCACGCCGAAGACUAUCAGGAACAAUCUAAUCUUCCGACGACGUAGGGGAUACAGUUUCUAUUGAGCCGCGGCGACGUUUUUAUAAAAACGGAGGAUAUAAGUAUUCACAGCGAGAGCAAUGUUACCUCAACAUCAGAAUUGCUCAAUAUUAUUGUAUCGCGACCUAGCGUAGCUGAAACUCUUUAUCAUAGGUUUUACGUGAACGCGGAGAGAGAGAGUUGCAUCGCUGCGUUCCUCGACGAUGUAGUUUAACGUCGCUGUAUAAUGACGUAACGACAAAAUCAAAAUAGCGGCAUAAUUUCGUUUCACGGUGAGGCGAGAUCGACGCAUUCGACGAGGGGAGAUCACAGCAUCGAAUGUUCCGUUUCUGUCAGUAUUUCUUUCGAGUGCAUUCUGUCGUGUAGCGCGCAGUGAUUUCUGUACUUUUAAGUAAUUUUAAGAAUGAUUAUAAUGCGAUGUUCUAAUUGAAGCUUUAGUCUGGUCGUUCAGUUCUUUUUAUUUUUUAUCUCACGUAUGAUUACAGCACACGGCGAUUUUACGGUACUUCCAACGUCGAGUAAUGAAUUUAGUGUACAUUCUAAUUAGUAAUAACAUUCUGUACAAAAAAAUUCCGAGAAAAUAACGCUACGUAUUGUUACAUUUGUUUCUUGUCGACGCAAAAUGACUCGCGAUAUAAUAAGCGCGAUUGCCUAGUCAUGAUGAAAAAUACCGUAUAAACAUCGCAUUCUGAUGUAUACGCAUUUAUUUAAGAUUGCAAUGAUAUACACUUAUAUUAAGUAGAGACGGACUAUAUAAAAAGUAGUAAUCGCAAUAGCAGGCGAUUCGUUGCGGACGAAUGGGCAACAGUCGCUAAAUCAUACUACGCCUCGCAGUAGCAACAAACUAAUCGCCCCGUCGAAUUAUCUGUCGUCGGAUAAUAUCGGCGGUAACUUAUUUUUAUCAGUUUAUCAUAUUACGCGAAAACAUCUAAGAAUAUAGAUUUAAAAAAGGCA